AUGUCCUCUUCAGCCAUGCUAAUCCGCCGUUCCUUUCAGGUAUUUGAGCGCCUCUCAUUGCGUCCUGGCGCAGCUGCCCUCUCAUCGACCGGAGGGUAUCCUACACCGGACCGCCGCUUGGCAUUCCUGUCGUCAAAAAGUGGCGACUCUGGUCGACAACCUGCCGAGUGGCGAAAACAACAAUUGGAUGCUUUGGAAAACAAGUUUCAGCAGGGUGAUGAAGAUGAGGCAUCCAUUGCGAAUCUCAUUCAGGAUGAUGAAGACCUGCAACCAAUGUGGAAAGCAAUGGAGAGUCGAGUUAAAAACCGACGCUCGUUGACGGUGGCACAAGCCAGCGGUAAAACGGGACGUGCAAACAUUCGAAAGACAGACGAAGAUGUUUGGUUGCAAGAGGGGCUGUACGGCGACGAAGAAGAAGGCGACAAUUCACAACGCAAGUCAUAA